GUCCUUGUUGUACGCGACUUUUUCUCGCUUCAUGAGAUUCAGAUCAUCACCAUUCACCUCCAAACCCACAGCAUUUUAUUUUAUAUCAGAAAAAAUCUCUCAAUUAGUCAAAAAUACACAUCUCUCUCUCUCUCUCUCUCUCCAAAUUUUGUUUUCUUUCUUUGGGAACUUUGAUCCGAGAAGGACAUAAUGUCAGGCGUGGAGAGUGUCAAAGAGCAAGAGCACGUGGAUGGAAAUGUCCCCGAGGAUAAAAGUUCCAUGCCCUCAUCGAAAGAGGAGGAAGAAGUUGUAAAGAAAAAAUAUGGAGGAAUCUUGCCCAAGAAACCACCACUCAUUUCUAAGGACCAUGAACGAGCUUACUUUGAUUCUGCUGAUUGGGCACUUGGAAAGCAAGGUGGUGAGAAACCUAAAGGACCUCUUGAAGCACUUCGGCCAAAAUUACAGCCUACACAACAGCAGACACGAUAUCGAAAGUCUCCUUACGCUCCAUCAGAUGGUGAAGGUGUUCCAGAUACAGGAAGCUCACCAUCAGAGGAUGCACCUGCAAAUGAAUGAGAAAUUACUAUUGGCCAUUUGAUCUAUUGAGGGAUUCUGAUUGUUAUUCACCUACAUAGGCAAUGAGUAAUUUUCUGUUAUUUCGGAGAAAUAAAGUUUGGAUAUUGCCGAAAAGAACAAAAUGACAUUUCAUUGAGUGUACGAUUUGUGUAAUGGUAGUUCGCAUUACAUGAUUCAAACUA